AUGGACUACAGACUGCUUCUCUUGGUGUUUACAGGUUUGGCAUGGAUAGGUCUCUAUGAUGACCUUGUAAACUCCUGGAAAUGGUCCCUCAAUGACAGCAGCUUCUAUGGUGAUGGAGAGCAAACAUUUAGGAACUGGUACUCUGGUCAACCCAAUAAUCUAAAUGGACAACAGCACUGUGUCAUACUGUUGAGUGGGAGCUCAUAUUAUGGCCAAUGGGAUGACCAAGAAUGUGAGGAAGCUCGCUGGUUUGUGUGCUAUAAUGGUUCUGUAAAUGGUUCACCGGUUUACAUUUUAAUUAAUGAGUCGCUGAGCUGGACUUCUGCUCAGGCAUUCUGCCAGGAGAACUACGUUGACCUUGCCAGUGUUCGCAAUCAGAGCGAGAAUGACAUCAUCUCAAACGUUGGAGGCGGAUCAUUCCUGUGGAUCGGCCUGUACCGAGAAAAACUCUGGUCCGACGGCAGCACCUCUUUAUUCCGAAACUGGGCGUUCGGUCAGCCGAACCACGGCGGUGAAGAGUGUAUGGCAACACACUUUAAUGAGUCUGGAAAAUGGCACGAUCAAGACUGCUCCCUGAGUUACCCGUUCAUCUGUUACAAACCAAUUCCACCCAAUGCAGGAGGUUUCAGACCAUCAACACAAGAUGAGAGCAGCAUUUCUCUGCAGUGGAAUAAAAUCAACAACAGCACCAGCUUUGUUCUCCAGUUUAACGGCACAGAGACAUUCAUCAGAGCAGCAGAUGGAGACGGACCAGUGACACAUACAGUAUCAUCUCUCACUGCUGGAACCAGAUACACAUUCAUUCUCUUCUCUGUACUUGAUGGCGUCAGAAGCAGUGGAGUAGAGCUUACAACGGCCACUGUGCCACAAAAUGCUGAAGACUUGAGGCUAGCUGCACAAUUUGAGACCAAUGUCACUCUGCAGUGGAAUAAAGUCAACAACAACACCAGCUUCAUCCUCCAGUUUAAUGGCAUAGAGAAACUCAUCGAUGCUCCUGAUGGAGAUGGACCACUAACUUACACAGUCUCACCCCUGUAUCCUGGCACUGGAUUCACUUUCACUCUCUUCUCCGUGAUUGAGAACGUCAGAAGCAGCGGAGCACGACUUACAGCUGCCACUGUGCCUGAACAUCCAAGCAACUUCAGAGUAUUUUUGCUUUAUGACACCAACAUCACUCUGCAGUGGGAUAAAGGCAACGCCAGCUUUGUUCUCCAGUUUAAUGGAUCAGAGACAAAUAUCAGUUCACCAGAUGGAGCUGGACCAGUAAACUACACAGCUCUGUCUCUCACUGCUGCAACUAGAUACACAUUCACCCUCUUCUCUGUGUUUGAGAACCUCAGAUCCAGGGGAAUUAGCAUCACUCAAGUCACCGCUCCUGAAAGACCCACAGGAUUCACAGUAUCAGCACAAAAUGAGAGCAGCAUCGCUCUGCAGUGGGAUAAAGGCAAUGACAACAUCAACUUUGUUCUUGAGUUUAGUGGCAGAUACACAGCCAUCAGUGCACCGGGUGAAAAUGGACCAGUAACUCACACAAUCCCAUCUCUCACUGCUGGAACCAGAUACACAUUCAUACUCUUCUCGGUGUUUGAGAACGUCAGAAGCAGUGGAGUACAACUUACAGCUGCAACUGCUCCUCAAAAUCCAGAGAACUUUAGACCAUCAACGCAAGAUGAGACCAGCAUCACUCUGCAGUGGGAUAAAAUCAGCGACUUUGUCGGCUUCAUUCUCCAGUUUAACGGCACAGAGAUAAACGUUGGUGCGCCAAGUGGAAAUGAAUCAGUAACUCACACAGUCUCAUCUCUGACGGCUGGUACUAGAUACACGUUUGCUCUCUUUUCUGUGUUUGACAACGUCAGAAGCAGUGGAGUCAGCAUCGCAGCAUCUACUGGGCCAAAUUACAUUGUUGCUUUAAACAUGAACUUGAAGUCCUAUGAUGCAUUGUCAGAAUCAGAAAUUCAGACUUUUGUGACGGAGUUCUUUCUUAAACGCGGUAUCCUGCCACAGUUUUCCAUGAGGGUCAAAUCUGUCGAGCCUUAAGAUGAGCAGAGGAACAUUUUUCCUGGAGGGAAAGAAAAUAAAUAAUCACGAGAAAAUAUUUUGUCAAAUUUUUAAAUGUACAGAAAAUAAGUAUCAAACACAUCACAAUUUUUCAUGAUAAUAUUUCUAAAGGUGUUAUUUACAUAAAAUUUUCACUAGUGGCGAAUAACAACCCAUUUAAUCCAUGCAUAGAAAGAAAUAAGUUCAGAAAUUAAGUCAUUUGUAAUAAUGUGAAAUGACACAGGGGAAAUGUGUUGAACACACACAGAAAGGGAGCUGAUGUCUUGGAAAGCCUAAACAUCCUAAUGGCCUUGGUUACAGAAUGAUUUCUAAACUUCUGAAUGUACCAGUGAGAACUGGAGAGAAUAUUCAACAAUAAAUUGGUGGCCACUGGUGCUCCUCAUUAGAUUUUUGACAGAGUGAAAAAGAAUAGGCAGAAAAGUUGUGCAAAAAAGGCCAAGGAAUGACCACUUUUGUUAGAGCAACAUGAAGACCUAAAAUUAGCAGGUGCAGUUGAUUAAAAGAAAACGAUAUUAAUGCACUCAUCCAUGCAAGACUCCACUCCUGAAGAAAAAGCAUGUUGCAGUUUGAUUUCUUUGCUUAUAAUGUUCUAUAGUUAUUGUGUUCCUUAAGUUUUAUCUGAUAAUGUAUUUAUUAUUUUGUAAAGCUAGUUAUCAUUUGCAUAAGAAAGCUUUGGUGCACGGCAUUUGGACAACUCUGUCUGUAAAUAACCCCAAAUUAAGCUCCUUAUUUGUUGUAUUCCCUCUUGGCGCUUCUUACCUUCAUUUCGUUUUGUUUUGUGUAGUAUAUGGUUGACUUCCGGUUUUUGAUUUGAUGCUUUUAUUUUGGUGAGAGUUUCCGCUGUUUAUGUUGUGGAGCGGCAGCUUGGCAACGGAAGACAAGUUGCGACAGUGUUAGAAAAAUGAAUCUUGUUAUUAGCGGCCCCCUUGAUAUGAUCACAAGGUAUGUUUAUUUUGAGAAUGAGGAUGUUUCUAAUAUUGAUCAGCUGGAAUUGUGAAUUUGUUUUAUUGUAACCAAAUAGCGUAUAGUUUUUGAAUCAGAGUCGAUAUUUUUAGUGGUGAACGUUAUUUUUAGUUUUCAAACGUUACAGUUGUAAGAGCGUGGUUUGUAGCUUAUACUGUGUGUGUGUGUGUGUGUGUGUGUGUGUGUGUGUGUGUGUGUGUGUGUGUGUGUGUGUGUGUGUGUGUGGGUGUGCGCGCGCAUCUCUUACGGUGAAACUCAGGGUUUUACUCCCAAUAAACUUCACAGCCACAGUCCUUCAUGGCGGGGGGUUUCUGCAAUACUGUCAAAUACU